AUGUCUACCGGAUCUGCGGAUGCGUCUACAUCGACGCGGGCACCUCCAACAACAACAUCAGCCCCAACAGCAGAGGACAAAUCAAAAAGCAUCCCAACCCCCCAAAAUGCCAAAUCCAAAGUCCCCCCAAACCCCAAACCCUUCCCCAGCAUAACUGGCGGUUGCCUUUGCAACACCGUGCGCUACCGCCUCCUCACUUCCCCCCUCUUCUCCUACGCCUGCCACUGCGCGGACUGCCAACGCACCAGCGGCACCGUCUUCGGGCACUUUGUCAACAUCGAAGUCUCCGCGAUCCGCAUCAUCUCCGCCACCCCACCCAUCGCCGCCACAGUCACCAAGCGGCCCGGCCUGAUCUCGCGACACGUCGAGUGUCCGUCGUGCAAAACGGAACUAUGGAGCACGAACUCCGUGGGCCCGGCGGUUGCGGAUGUGCGCGCUGGGACCUUGGAUUAUCCGAGUUUGAUGGAGCCGGAUGUGCAUGCGUGUGUGGAGAGUAAGGUGGAGUGGGUGCGGUUGCCUGAGGGGGCGAGGGUUGUGCAGGGCAUGCAUGAUUUGAGGAAGAUGUGGCCUGGGAGGAGUUUGAGGAGGUUGGAGGUUUGUUUGGAGAGGUGGGCGAGGGAGCAUCCGGAGGAGGGGAGGGAGGAUGGCGAGAAGACGCCCACGGCGACGGAGGUGGAAGGGGAGGAGAUUGAGGAUGAUGAGGCGUUUGAGAAGAGGUUUAGGGAGACGGAGAGGGCGUUGAGGGAGAGGUUGGAGAGGUUGGAGAGGAAGUUGGAGGAGGAGGAUACGCGUGGGGAUGGGGGGUUAGAGGAGAUGACUGAGAAGCUGAGUUUGGGAGAGACGGGUGAGGUCAAAGAUGGUAUUGUUUCGGAGCCUGUUGACUAG